CAAAGUUUGAAGUUCUUUUGGUUAAGAUCAAUUUUUGAAUGAGAUAGAGAGAGAAAACAUUAUUGGAGGUGGUAGUUGGUGUGUGUAAAUGAGCGUAACAAGGUAACUUAAAAAAAAAAAAAAAAGAAGUAGAAGAAUAAAAACUUUGCAGGUUGACCGGUGGAUAUAGAUAAAGCUAAACAAAAAAAGAAGCUAUUGAGAAGCUAAAUAGAAAACCCUAGAAAAAAAAAAGAAAUAAAAAUAAAAACUGUGUGUAAUGCAUCUAAGAUAUUUCCUCUGUUUGUAAAUAGAUUAUUAUUGAUUGUUGAUAAGUUAUAAUACUAAGUAGUAACUAGGUAGGUUAGUUUGGUUCCGAUGCCUGUUGAUUUAGACAAUGUUUCAACACCUUCAGGUGAAGCUAGCAUCUCCUCCUCUGGUAAUCAAACAACUCCAAAACCCACCGCAAAGAAAAAGCGUAACCUCCCAGGAAUGCAAGAUCCAGAAGCAGAAGUUAUUGCUUUAUCACCAACGACACUUUUAGCAACAAACAGAUUCGUAUGUGAAAUAUGCAACAAAGGUUUUCAAAGAGAUCAGAAUCUUCAACUUCAUCGAAGAGGUCAUAAUCUACCAUGGAAACUUAGGCAAAGAUCGAGUAAGGAAAUUAGGAAAAGGGUUUAUGUUUGUCCUGAACCUAGUUGCGUUCAUCAUGAUCCUUCUAGAGCUUUGGGAGAUUUAACGGGGAUUAAAAAGCACUUUUGUAGAAAGCACGGUGAGAAGAAGUGGAAAUGCGAUAAAUGUUCCAAGAAAUACGCUGUUCAAUCCGAUUGGAAAGCUCACUCUAAAGUUUGUGGCUCCAGAGAGUAUAAAUGCGAUUGUGGAACCGUUUUUUCUAGGAGGGAUAGUUUCAUCACGCAUAGAGCUUUUUGCGAUGCGUUAGCGGAGGAAAAUGCGAAAUCUCAGACUGUUGGGAAGGCUAAUUCAGAAUCUGAUUCCAAGGUUUUGACCGGAGAUUCAUCGCCGCCGUCGAUGCCGGCGGCGACUGUUACUGCUGCAACUACUGCUCAGUCCAAUAGUGUAGUGUCCUCUGGUUUGGAAACGCAUAAGAUAGAAAAUCCCCCACAAAUCAUAGAGGAGCCACAAGUUGUUGUUACUACAACUACUGCUAGUACUGCUACUACUACUAAUGCUUUAAAUGGGAGCUGUAGCAGCAACAGUGCUAGCUCAACGAGCAACGGCGGUGCUACGACUACCAGUGGUGUGUUUGCAAGCUUGUUUGCUUCCUCAACAGCUUCAACUUCUGCCAGUCUGCAAUCUCAAACAUUAGCAUUCACUGACCUAAUUAGGUCCAUGGGUUGUCCAGACCGCCCUGCAGAUUUCUCAGCUCCUCCGACGUCGGAGGCUAUAUCACUCUGCCUCUCUACCAAUCACGGAUCAUCAAUUUUUGGAACAGGAGGGCAGGAGUGUCGUCAAUAUGCGCCGACGCCGCAGCCGCCUGCCAUGUCUGCCACUGCAUUGCUGCAGAAAGCUGCUCAAAUGGGUGCUGCCGCCACAAAUGCCUCUUUGCUUCGUGGGCUUGGCAUUGUGUCUUCGUCGGCUCCCUCUUCAUCAUCCGGUCAGCAAGAUUGCCUGCAUUGGGGUCUUGGACAAGUAGAACCGGAGGGUUCUAGUUUAGUUCCAGCAGGACUUGGACUCGGGCUUCCUUGUGACAGUGAUUCCGGACUCAAAGAAUUGAUGUUGGGGACACCAUCCAUGUUUGGUCCUAAGCAAACCACUCUUGAUUUUCUAGGAUUGGGAAUGGCUGCUGGCGGCAGUGCCGGUGGAGGCUUGUCUGCACUUAUCACAUCUAUUGGAGGUGGUGGUGGUGGUGGUUUGGAUGUUACUGCAGCAGCAUCCUUUGGUAAUGGAGAGUUCUCUGGGAAAGAUAUUGGAAGGAGCUCAUGAUAUAGUUGUGGCUGCAAUAACAACUAUAGUUAUCAAUUCAAAUGUUUUGGUUGUAAAGUCAUUUGUUGUCUAUGCAUAUUCUGAAGUUGCAAUGCACAUGGGAUUGAUUAUUAACAAGAUUAAGAUAUACUAAUAUGCAACUAUGGAUUAAUGCGACAGGUAAUAUGUGCAAAUGUGGUAUUUUUUAUGUCUUGCCCCCUCUAAUGCGAAGAAGGAAAAAAGCUAUUAUUUCCAUGUUUGGAUGAGUUUGGCAGAAUCAUAGUGUGUCAUUGUUAUUUUGUAAAAGUUAUACUUUAGAACUUGAACAAAAUCACGGCAAUGUGAUUUUGUUAAACUUGCCGAGGUUUCAAAUAUGUGCUAUAUAUUAUAGGAAAAGAAAAGGUGACCGUAACAAGGCCACUUUUUAAAAUAUGCUUGCUAUGGACAACACAGGCUGUGGAAAAUUAAGGGUGUGUGCAUAUGGUUAAUGCCAAGAUGGUUGUGGUAAGUUUUAGAGACAGUGGCGUGUAUGAAGGUCACAUAUUGUUUUGGUUUCUUGGUUGGACAGUUUUGAUCAAAUCAUUUAUUCCUCCGAUUGAUGAUUUGGUCUGUAGAUGUAGGUAUAAAUUAGGAAACUUUGAUGUUAGUAGUAGUUUUCUACUUUGGCUGUUGAAUUAUUGUCACAUUGUGGAUUUUCCACUUUUGCCCAUUGUUUGGGAGUUAAUGCGUAAUUAAAUUUCAGUAAGUAAUUAAUGUUCUUUUACGUAAAUGUCAUAAAUUGUAAUUA